UUCAGCAUCAACAACUCAACUCACAAAAAUACACCUUACAGCAAGGGGGAUAAAAGCGAGUAGCAGAGAUCCCCCCCCACAUCAUCAUCAACAGUAAAUUAAGAAAUAUACACAUAAGUUGCAUUUUAAACUGAGUUCAAAGUGAUUUUUAUAGUUAGUUGAUUCGGAAGUGCACUCCAAAUCUUUUCAAUUUAGAAUUUAAUCUGAUCUUACAAACUACUCGAACUUUCAAAUAGCAAGUGGUUGUCUUGUUCUAAUUGCUUACAAGUGGUAGCGGCACAUCUAAUUGGUACAUUUUGUUUUUAAAAUGAACAUUAAAUAUGGUCGAAAAAUACAAAUAAUACAUUUAACUUUAAUGCGUCUAAGAACAAUAAUAUUUCACGCCUUCAUUUUUGUUGUGUUUAUAGAUUCUGAAUCUGGGCAAAAACAGACAGUCAGAAACGGAUGCAAUCUUAUAGUCGAUUCCUAGUUGGAAAGUUUUGAAGAUUGAAUGCUUUAAAUUUAAGAAUGAAUAUAGGUUCGGUGCUUUCUUGUACUCCUCACAUUGUUGGAAAUAUUUUUCAACAUCUUACAGCUAAAGAUCUAAGUAGCUGUGCUUCUGUUUGUAGUUUAUGGGCAGUUUUGUCUCAAGAAGAGAUCCGAAGAAGAAAAGGAAUCGUACCUUUCUUCCAGGGAAUAACAUGUGGGAAACACCGCCAAAUACAUCGAACUCAUCAAGAAUGCCCAAUGAGACAAGCUUCGAAAUUUGAGAGUGAACUGAAGGAACAGUUACAAAAUGUUAACAUAAAACCGGCAUUUUGUAUAGCAUUUGCCACAUCUGCCCUCCUGGAGCAUUUUGAACAGCUUUUUCCUGCUUAUUUUGAUGGUAAACAACAACCUCGAAAGAGGCUUAAAAAAUGCUACUGGGAUUAUUUUGAUUCAGCUGUCAAAAUCGCUUUGCGGAAACAUCUGCCGCCAACCUGCUGCAUCAGCCUGUACUUGCAAAUCAAUCUGGCAUUUUACGGGGGAGAUUCACAGUCCAGUUUAGUCACAACGAAUACUCCAGCGAUCUGUGGUUACCUAUUCCCUAAUUUCCCAGAUGGAGAAUUGAAGUUUUAUAAAAGGAAAGAAAGCGUCGGCCCAAUACUGAAGCACAUAAUCAAGAAUGGGCAUAACAUCAAAGGUACUCUUAAUCUUGUGGAGUUCACCUGCAUGCCAUACUUCCAGAUUGCUUUGAACGAGUUAAGACACAAGUACGAUGCAUUUGCAUCUGGAAUUAUAAUGCCUGUACCGAUGGCUAGUAACUAUAUCCCGGUGUUUGAGGGGCCAAACGUGCAAGUUUUCCGUUUCGCUAUUGGAAAACACGAUAUACAUCUUAGUUACACGAUGGAGCAUUGGAAGCAGAAAAUGAACAAAAAGAAGGGAUUUACAGAUUACACAAUAACGUUUAUGUUUUCAAUUGAACAUUCUAACUGUCAUACAGUGUGUGAGGUGUUUAAAACAGUUUUUCCUGGUGUACCGCUGAUUGGUUUGUUUCAAUGCACCUCAUUGAAUUUUCGAUUCGUGCAAGAUCAGGCUUCCGAUAAUUUUUUUGAUAGUUUAAUAAGUAGAAGUGUGAUAGAAUCUGGUUUGAUGUGCCAGUGCGUGUUCAUAUUUGUAACUUUUUAUGCCUAGGAGGCAUUCGAGACUUGUUGCGACAGAGGAGAAUUAAAUUCUAUGAAACAAUAGUUUCUUCAAUUAUGAGAUUUAAAUUUAUAACUCAUUGUUACGUAUAUUUUUUUAUUGUAAGAUCAAUUAAAAUAAAGUUAUUAUUUAGUUUGUUAGUA